CAAACUCCUAUUAGCAAAGUUGCCGUUUGGAUCCCCCGCUUCUUCUUCGCAAGCAAAUCCCACAGCCUACUCAGAUUUCUUUAUAGCUUGUAGAUUAAGAUUGAGGAAAGGAUCAGGCUCAGGAAUGGCAGUGGCAACAGCCGCUCUCAGUUCGGCAACAGCUGCUGGAACCCUGAUGAGCUCCGGCAGCCAGACCACCACCCAGAAGAGAAAAAACAGAAUGGUGCACGCAAGAGGGCUGAAUUCUUAUGGUGGUCUCAAAGCUCACAACAAUUUGGUGCUGUCUCUGGGAUUGCCAGUAUGCACUGAGCAGUGCUUUGCAAAAGUGGUCAGUUCUUUAAGAACAAAAUCACGUGGCAAAAGAGGAGGAGGAGGAGCACUGUCUUCCACGUGCAAUGCUGCGGACGAGAUAUUCCAGAUUGCUGUCAUCAUCAACGCUCUUGUGCUCAUUGGGGUUGCUGUUGGAUUCAUUCUUCUCCGAAUUGAAGCUUUUGUGGAGGAGUCUGAAGAUUGAAAACCAGAUUUAUUGCCUCCUAUAAUCAAAACCCAUGUAGAUUUUUGUUUUGUUUGUUUUCCUCGUGAUGCAUGAUCAUGCUUCAACAGCCUUUUGUUUUGUUUAGGCUGAUACUGGGAAGGUAUUGCUCUGCGCU